AGUUGCACCACAUAUUGCACAAAACUUAUCUUAGGAUUGGGUACCAGUUUGUUCACAGUAGUAUAUAAGUGAAUGCAUGUGCUUUUGAAGUCACUAAGUAACAUUAACUCAAUCAACCCUAUCAUGUAUACUAAGGUGGUAACUUUCCUUUGCGCCGUGGGCAUCGCGUCCGCUGGCAACUUAUUGCACGGAGCUCCCGCCGUAGCUUACAGCGCUCCAGCCACAUCCGUAUCGUACACUACACAGACGACCACAUCCCACGGUGGACCAGUCGCCACCUAUGCCGCUGCUCCCGUUGCCACAUACGCCGCUGCCCCGGUGGCCACUUACGCUGCCGCUCCAGUUGCCACUUACGCUGCUGCCCCAGUAGCGACAUACGCCAGAACUUACGCCGCGCCAGCCGUGUCUUACGCCGCCCCAGCUGUGUCCACUUACGCCGCGCCCGCUAGUGUUUCUUACCAAUCAGUGUCCACUCACACGUCCCCCGUGGCUGUAGCCGCUCCCGUAAGAGCGUACGCUGCCCCCGUGGUCAGAACUUAUGCCGCCGCCGCUCCCGUAUACGCCAGGACUUAUGCAGCUGCCGCCCCCGUCAUCACCAGGACUUACGCCGCCGCCGCACCUGUUGUAGCUAGGACUUAUGCCGCACCCGCAUAUGCCGCGUAUGCCGCUCCCGUAGCCCGCGUCGCCCCAUCCGUAUCUUACGCUUCCGUGGCGACCCACGCCGCCCCCGUGGCCACUUACGCCGCGGCUCCCGCUUACGCCACUUACGCAGCCGCAGCACCCGCCUACGCUUCAUACGCCGCUCCCGCUAUCUCCUACGGUGGAGCCUAUGGUGGCCACGGCUGGUAAACAACCAAAGCAUUUUAUUUCUGUACAUAACUAUCUAAUCAUUAGAACGUAAUAUAAAGAACUAUUGACUGUAAUUGUAAUAAUAAUGAGAAAAAAAUUAUUAAUAAAGCGAAGUUGAAAUUAAA